CUUCAGGCGCCACCGUUCCGGUAAAUUUGCGUUAUGUUGUUUUUGAGUGUUCGCAGUGAAAAGUUGAUAAAAGUGGUGCAAAUCAACCGUCUUCAACCCCUCCAUCAUCACCCAAAUCAACCCAAUGAAAUUGAGCGAUAAUGGCUGAUGAACAGGAGAUCCGCCAACUGGAGCUGCUGUGCAAGCAGCUGUACGAGUCGCAAGACACCGCGAUCAGGGCCGACGCCGAGAAGGCCCUCGUCGUGUUCCAGGACGGCCCCAAUGCCCUCACCAAGUGCCAGGUGCUGUUGGACAGAGGCGACUCGUGCUAUGCCCAGUUGCUGGCGGCCACCACCUUGACCAAGCUGGUCUCGAGGAGUGCACAAGGGCUGAGUUUGCAACAGAGAGUCGAUAUUAGGAAUUAUGUUUUGAAUUAUUUGGCCACGAGGCCCAAAUUGCCCAAUUUUGUCGUCCAGGCGUUGGUGACGCUCUUUGCGAGGAUCACCAAGUUGGGCUGGUUUGACACACACAAGGAGGACUUUGUCUUCAGGAAUGUCGUCAAUGAUAUCAGCAAGUUCUUACAGGGUUCCGUCGAGCACUGCAUGAUCGGCGUCCAACUGCUCUCUCAACUCACUUGCGAGAUGAACCAAAUCUCCGAAGUUGAAGCGAAUCGUUCUUUAACCAAACACCGCAAAAUCGCAUCAUCAUUCCGCGACACUCAAUUAUUCGAAAUAUUCCGACUUUCAUGUACUCUUCUCGGCACAGCAAUCGAGAAUUGUAAAAAUCUCAACUUCAACGAUGAAAGUCAACACGGACUCAUGACCCAACUAUUGCGUUUAGCGCAAAAUUGUCUCACAUUUGACUUCAUUGGAACUUCGACUGAUGAAAGUUCGGAUGAUCUCUGCACGGUACAAAUCCCGACCAGUUGGCGGCCGGCGUUUUUAGAUUUUACAACAUUAAAAUUGUUUUUUGACUUGUAUCAUUCCUUGCCUAAUACGUUAUCCUCACUGGCGCUUUCGUGUCUAGUGCAAAUCGCGUCGGUGAGGAGAUCGUUGUUUAGUAACACCGAAAGGGCGAAAUUUUUGACGCAUUUGGUCAAUGGAGUCAAACAUAUUCUACAGAAUCCGCAAGGGUUGAGCGAUUCGGCGAAUUAUCACGAGUUUUGCCGACUUUUGGCCCGACUCAAGUCGAAUUAUCAACUGGGGGAGUUGGUCAUGGUUGACAACUACCCCGAAGCUAUCCAAUUGAUAGCGAAAUUUACGGUUCAAAGUCUACAAAUGUGGCAAUUUGCACCGAAUAGUGUCCAUUAUUUGUUGAGUCUUUGGCAAAGAAUGGUUGCAUCUGUUCCAUAUGUCAAAGCAACUGAGCCACAUUUACUCGAGACUUACACUCCUGAGGUCACAAAUGCCUAUAUCACAUCGAGACUGGAGUCAGUUGCAGUUGUGGUCCAGGAGAAUCUAGAAGAUCCUCUGGAAGAUUUGGGAAUGGUACAACAACAACUCGAACAACUGUCUGUGAUUGGUAGAUGUGAAUAUCAGAAAACUUGCACGCUAUUGGUGCAAUUGUUUGAUCAGGCGGCUAGGACUUAUCAAGAAUUGAUUGCAAUUCCGAGGUCUAGUGCGCCACAACAUGUGGAAAUUACAAUACAAGAAGGUAGACUAACUUGGUUGGUAUACAUCAUCGGAUCAGCGAUAGGUGGUCGUGUUUCAUUCAAUAGUAACGAAGAACAUGACACAAUGGAUGGGGAAUUGGUGUGUCGAGUGUUACAAUUGAUGAAUUUGACCGAUUCGAGAUUAGCGCAAGGGGGCUGCGAGAAACUCGAAUUGGCUAUGUUGAGUUUUUUCGAACAGUUUAGAAAAAUCUACGUUGGGGAUCAGGUGCAAAAAAAUUCGAAAGUUUAUCGAAGACUGUCGGAAGUAUUAGGUUUGAAUGAUGAAGCGACAGUUUUGAGUGUUUUCAUUAGGAAAAUAAUCACUAAUUUGAAGUAUUGGGGCCGCAGCGAGCAAAUUAUAAGCAAAACAUUGCAACUUCUUAAUGAUUUAUCGGUUGGUUAUAGUUGCGUUCGCAAACUAGUCAAACUGGAAGAAGUCCAAUUCAUGUUGAAUAAUCACACAAGUGAACAUUUUCCUUUUUUGGGUAAUACAGUUAACGUAACAGAGAUGCGAUGUAGAUCUAUGUUUUAUACGUCUUUGGGGCGACUUUUAAUGGUGGAUUUGGGUGAAGAUGAGGAUCGGUUUCAUACUUUUAUGUUACCGUUGACUGCUGCGUUUGAGAACAUUGGUACCAUGUUGGCAGGUGCUGAUGGGCCAAUGUUUGCACCAGAAGACGCCAAAAAGGCCUUGAUUGGUCUAGCGAGGGAUUUGAGAGGUUUGGCGUUUUCUUUUAACACGAAGACGUCGUAUAUGAUGCUCUUUGAUUGGAUAUAUCCGAAUUACACCCCGAUUUUAUUACGAGCGAUAGAAUUGUGGUACCACGACCCGCAGGUGACAACACCCGUCUUGAAACUUUUCGCCGAAUUGGUUCAAAAUCGUUCACAGAGGUUGCAAUUCGAUGUUUCGUCACCGAACGGAAUUUUAUUAUUUAGGGAAGCGAGUAAAAUAAUUUGUAGUUACGGUAGUAGAAUAUUAAAUGUAGAAGUACCAAAAGAACAAACGUAUCCGUUGAAACUGAAGGGAAUUUCGAUAUGUUUUUCCAUGCUCAAGGCGGCUCUCUGCGGCAGUUACGUAAAUUUCGGAGUGUUUCGACUAUACGGUGAUGAGACGUUAGAUAAUGCUCUUAAUAUAUUUGUAAAAUUAUUACUCUCGAUACCUCAGUCCGAUUUAUUGGAUUACCCAAAGUUGUCGCAAACUUAUUACGUAUUGUUGGAAUGUCUAGCACAGGACCACAUGAGUUUCUUAUCAACUUUGGAGCCGCAAGUAUUUUUGUACAUCCUCUCCUCGAUUUCCGAGGGGUUAACUGCCUUAGGUGGGCAACUGAAUUACUAUACAGAUACAAUGGUUUGUACCGGCUGUUGUGCAACGUUGGAUCACAUAGUGACCUAUUUGUUCAAACAGUUGACGCAAAAAGUAUAUCCGGGAAAAAAACAAAGAGUUGGUUUGACACCAAACAGCGACAUGUUCCUAAAAGUGUUAGAGAUGCAUCCGGAAAUUUUGCAACAAAUUCUAAGUACCGUUUUAAAUGUGAUCAUGUUUGAAGAUUGUCGGAAUCAGUGGUCGAUGUCUAGGCCAUUGCUAGGUCUCAUUCUCCUCAACGAGGAGUAUUUUAAUCAAAUGAGAGAGAAUAUUAUUAGGAGCCAACCACCGGAUAAACAAGCAGCGAUGGUGCAGUGGUUUGAGAAUCUAAUGGAUGGAAUAGAAAGAAAUUUGCUUACGAAAAAUAGGGACAAAUUUACUCAGAAUUUAUCAAUGUUUCGACGAGAUAUUAACGACUCUUUAAAAGGGCCCAAUGUAAAUACUUCGUCUGCUAGUGAUAUGAUGACAUCAUAGUGAAUGUGUGAAGAAAUACUAAUUGGUUGUUACUUUAGGUACACAUUGCAUUUAUUUUUAUCGGGUGAAAGAAGCUUGAAAGAAAAUAAAUGUUGGUGUACUUUUCAGUACUAAUGACUUUAUUUACGAUAGAAAUCAGGCUGAUUAAAAUUUUAAAAUAAAA